GCCAAACAAGAACCGUCUUGAUUUUCUUCCGUGGAGAUUCCGAUGCGCCCUUUUCUUUAUUCCCCUUUCCUUGCACUUUCCUCCGCUUUAUCGCCCGCUCGUUUCUCUAUAAGAUCACCCUUCGUUUCCGUCUUCAAUUCCUUCCUUUCUCCUCCUUCUUGAUCCCCUCUUAGAUCUACUCUCUUUCUCCGCCUCUCCGUCCCUCUCUACAGUUUUGUCCUGAGGUUCUGCUGGUUUGACCUCGAUAGAGUCCCUUGCUCCGCCUUCCUCUGUUUCUCUGGGCAGCACAAUGUCUUGUGUGGUUCUUCGUCUGAGCUAAGUUUAAGCUUCUUUGCAGCUGAAGCUUUGGUCUUUCGGGAUCUUUACACAAAACCCAUUUAUCCGAUCGCUUGCGAACCUUUGUUGUUCGCGAAAAAGAUCUGGUCUUUGUUCAGAUCCGUGGCUGUUUUUCGAUUCCCUGUCGGAGGAAUCUGUAUCCACUUCCGUUCAGGUCUGAUGCAUAUUUUGUGUACUUGAUGUUUUUCAUUCAUGUCUCCGGUUCUCAGUGAAAUCCUCCUUUCCGGGUUGAUGAUCGGUUCUUCAAUCAGACGCAGGACCCACUUAGUUCAAUCUUUCUCUGUUCGAUUCCUCUACUGGUUCUACGUUUUCUCAUAAAUAGGUCUCCCCUUCAUUUCUAGUCUAUAUUACACAACUAAUAUCGAUAUCGAUAUAUAUACAUAAACCCAAGAAAUUAUUAUCAUCUGGGUCCUGCGUCUCGCAAUAUCUAAGUCAAAACCUGAAACAACCAAAAAAAGAAAAGAAGGAUUUGAUCCCUGUUCUAUUAUCGUAAUAUUUUCCUAAAUCUGCUCGUUCGAAACGAGAUUAUUUAAUGGCUUCGUCGAGCGGGAAUUCCUCGAGCACCGCCCGGCUUCAGAACUCCGGGUCCGAGGGCGAGCCGCAGCAGCUCCGGAUGGACCAGAGGAAGAGGAAGAGGAUGGAGUCGAACCGCGAGUCGGCGAGGCGGUCGAGGAUGCGGAAGCAGAAGCACCUGGGCGACCUCACGUGCCAGGUGACUCGGCUGGCGAAGGAGAACAACCAGAUCCUGACGGGAAUCACCGUCGCCGCACAGCACCUGACCAACGUGGAGUCGGAGAACUCCAUCCUGAGGGCUCAGGUGACGGAGCUGAGCCACAGGCUCGACUCGCUCAACGAGAUCCUGAACUCCAUCUAUCAAUCCAGUGGGACCGCCGACGCCGACCAAGGCCUUGAUCUGUGUUCUCCCUACGACGGCUUCUUCACGAGUCCGGUGAAUUUGGGCUGCGUGAGCCACCAGAUCAUGGCAGCUUCCGACGUGUUCGAGUGCCGAUGAUAGGCUGGAUUAUCCGGGGGCGGUGGUUGUUGACUUUCUUGAAGCUGGUCACGAACGGGUGGCCAAGGGGGAAGACUAGAUUAGGGUACUUUCCGGUUAUUUUUGUUAAAUAAUAGGGUUGAUUAGGUAAAUGGCCUAGAUGGGUUUCUUAAAUUAAAUGUGACUGUUUGGUAGAUGUCAAUGUCAAUGUCAAUGUUGUCUAGGCAAUUGGUGGGGGCUUUCGAUCUUUCUUGGUGUUUUGUGGGUUUGUAUCCUGUGAAAGGGUCGAUUGGGGUAGGGACAUGGCGUGGAGGCCUAGGGAGUGUUCGAGGUCAAUUUGGUCAUAUAAUAUGUACUGUGUACUUUUGUUAUUAUUAAUGUCGGUGUCGUGGCCCGAGUUUUGGUUGGUAGUUCGGAAAGAGAGGGCGCUUGAAAUGCGUGCAAAAA